AUGCGCCAUUGGGUGGUUGCUGUGGUAGUUGAGAAUCUGAGUCGUGUUAGUCGCCUUUCUGUACACCGUGGUGUUGAGUUCGCCGUUGGUUGUGCGUGUGACGAGAACGUAAAGGAAAGGCAGCUGUUCACUAGGGAAGAAGAGCAUGCCGAACAGCUGCCUUUCCUUUACGUUCUCGUCACACGCACACCCAACGGCGAACUCAACACCACGGUGUACAGAAAGGCGACUAACACGACUCAGAUUCUCAACUACCACAGCAACCACCCAAUGGCGCAUAAACGCAGCUGUGUUAGGACACUCUUCCAGAGGGUAAAAACGCACUGCAGUGAACCAGAGGGACGAGUUCGAGAACUUCGGCAUCUUCGGGACCAACUGGCAAGGAAUGGAUACCCGAACAGCUUCGUCAGCCGCUGCCUCCGCACGCGCCCACGGCGAACAAACGGAGGAGAGCCACCAACACUCUGGCACCCUCUGCCAUAUAUAAAGAACGUAUCCGAAACGAUGGAACGUAUCGCUGGAGAGCUCGGCGUGGGUAUCGCUCACCGUCCGACAGCGACCAUGCGCAGCAAAAUCAUGCAAGUGAAGGAUCGCCUAGACGUGGGUGAACAAUCGGGCGUCGUCUAUCGUAUCCCAUGUCGGGACUGUCCUCGCCACUACACUGGACAAACCCGACGACGACUCAGCUCACGUAUAACGGAGCACAAACGGGCGGUCCGGAGAGGCGACCCGUUGUCUCAGGUCGUCACUUACACCCUGGAGGAAGGCCACGAAUUCAACUUUGCGAGCACGCGGAUAGUGGCGCGGGCCAGCAAUAAGACAGGACGAGAACUGUUAGAGGCCUGGGUGUCUGACACCAACGCUAUCAACAGGCACGUUGGUAUACCCCCCUGCUAUCACGCGCUCCGUUCCCGCGGCCAAGGGGCGAGACCCAAUUUCCAGCCAAGGCUGCACGCAGUCACGCCACCGUGA